AUGUGGCGCAUGCGUGGUGGCGCCACUAGGCGCGGGAGUUGCAGCAGCGGGGAUGGCGGCGGGGACAGCCGCGGGCCAGGCCGCCCAGGCCGGGUUCGUGGGGGUGGCGGCAGCAGCGGCGGCGUGGGCUGGAGAGGCCGUGCGGGUGGCGCCCGACAGCAGCUGGAGGAGCGAUUUGCCGACCUGGCGGCGAGCCACCUGGAGGCCAUCCGCGCGCGGGACGAGCGGGACCGGCAGAACGCGCGGCUGCGCGAGGAGAACGCCCGGCUGCGGCUCGAGAACCGGAGGCUGAAGCGCGAGAACCGCAGCCUCUUCCGUCAGGCUUUGCGGUUCCCCGGCGAAGACGCCGACGGGGCGCCCGUGGAGGCAAACCCAGGACCCGAGGAGGCCAGCACGAACCGCAAGGAGAGAGGCAGCGGCCGUGAGGACGAGCCGGGCAGCCCCAGGGCCCUGAGGGCCCGGCUUGAGAAGCUGGAGGCCAUGUACCGCCGCGCCCUGCUGCAGCUGCACUUCGAGCAGCGGGGGCCGCGCCCCCAAGGGGACAAGGAGGAGCAGCCUCCGCGGGAGCCCGACUCAGGCCUCCACGCCCGGGACCCGGAGCCCUCUGGGCCCUGGUUGUAGCCGAGGCCGCUGCGGGGGAGAGGCGGGGCCUCGCGCGGGCCCCACCUCCUCCGUUCGGCGGCUCCCCCCACCUCGCCCAUGCCCUGGGCCGCUCGGCGGGCGCAGACUUUGGGCCGCUGUACUCCCCGCCCCCUGUCCCGCCAGCGGACACUUCCGGGUGGUGCUUCACGAUCGCCCGGCCGAGGCUGAGAGGAUGCCAGGGCCCUCUGGAGUCCCCACGUGCACUGAGCACCUGCCUCUUGCCCCUGCCGGAUUCCAUGGAGAGAGGCCUAGCAACGGAGGGGCGGGUUUUAAAACA